AACGCGACUCUAGAAGUUGUAGUGGAUACGGUGUCGUAUUAACUUCUCCGUCGAGAUUACUUCUCUGUCGCCGUCGCCGCCGAGAUCAAUAGAUCGAUUACCCAGAGAGUAGAGAGAGAUGGCUAUGUCUCAGGUGGUGAACACAUACCCUCUUUCGAAUUACAGCUUCGGAACUAAAGAACCGAAGCUGGAGAAGGACACCUCCGUCGCCGACCGACUCGCUCGUAUGAAAGUCAACUAUAUGAAAGAGGGCAUGAGGACUAGCGUUGAAGGGAUUCUUCUGGUGCAAGAACACAACCAUCCUCAUAUACUUCUCCUGCAAAUCGGUAACACAUUCUGCAAACUUCCAGGUGGACGCCUGAAGCCUGGAGAAAAUGGUAUGCAGCAACCAUCUGUUAUUAUUACUUUCUAUACUAUUGUGAUUUUCUUUAUUGCUUCGAAAAGUUGUGCUAUGUUAUGUCUUGCAGAAGUCGAAGGUCUGAAGAGAAAGUUGACCAGUAAGCUUGGAGGCAAUUCGGCUGGUAUUGUACCCGACUGGAAGGUAGGAGAAUGUGUUGCGACAUGGUGGCGUCCAAACUUUGAAACCAUGAUGUACCCGUAUUGCCCUCCUCACAUCACGAAACCAAAGGAAUGCAAGAGACUCUACAUUGUUCACUUGUCUGAGAAAGAGUACUUUGCAGUGCCCAAAAACUUGAAACUCUUGGCCGUCCCUUUGUUUGAACUCUAUGACAAUGUUCAGAGAUAUGGACCGGUUAUAUCGACCAUUCCUCAACAGCUAUCCAGAUUCCAUUUCAACAUGAUUAGUUCGUGAUUCUACUCGGUGUCCAAGAAGAAGAAACCUGUCAGAUUAGGCACGAUAGAGAGAUGUAGCUACCAGUUUUAGUGAUCCGAGUUCUGGAUGAUGCAUGUUGGUUUCUUUACAUUAUAGACUUGUUGGCAUUAUGAAGAACAGGUUCGUUCAUGUAGCAGCACAAGAAGAUUAUUCAUCUAAUUUCUUAAAGCAUUCGUCAUUA